AUGGCUGAAGGAACGUACGAGUACGAGUGUAUGCGGGCGGAACUACUCGAACUGGCCAAGCCCACCCGGGAGGAGUUCGAGGAGAAGAUGCGGCUGCGGCAGGAGGCACAAGUCGAGGAGCAGCUCACCGAGGAGCUGAAGGAAGUGGACCUGCAGGAAGAGUCUAUCCAGUCCACCUCCGGCAAGAUGGACGAGCUGAACAACAUUCUCAGCGUGACGCAGCAAAAGAUCAACAAGUUUAAGGUGGCGUGCGGGAGUCUCACCAGCCUUCUGAAGCUGCGCCCGUCGACACCGAGCAGCGAACCGGCGGCUGCCAGCGGCUCGGACGAACCGACCGACUCGGGCCGUUCGAUUAAUGACGCGUUGGAUGCACUGGACACUAUGAAGGAGCAGGACGCGGCCUCUGAUGCGCACGUGGCCAAGUCGGCCGCCCUUGACCUUGGCCAGAAGAUGUCGGCUCAGCUGGGAAAGCUGGAUUCGCUGCUGUACAAGGCGGACAACGCCACCUACUCCAUGAAGCACCAGACGGAUCAGAUGAAAAAGAUUGCCAAGUAA